AUGGCGUCGGCGAACACUAUGGAACUCGCGCAGACCAACAAGCGUGAUCUACUAGUUGGUCUGGAAAAGAAGUACCAAGAGCAGUGGCAGGAGCAGCGUUUGUUCGAGACGAACGCACCAACCUUGGAGGAGACAGCAGGGCUGUCGCCAGCAGAGAUCAGGGAAAAGUUUCCGAAAUGGUUUGGUACAUUCCCAUUCCCGUACAUGAACGGCUCCUUGCAUCUCGGUCAUGCAUUCACGAUCUCCAAAAUUGAAUUCGCUGCUGGGUAUCAUCGCAUGUUGGGGAAGCGCGUCUUGUUUCCUCAUGCCUUCCAUUGCACGGGAAUGCCCAUCAAGGCUGCUUCCGACAAAAUUAUUCGGGAAAUAGAAAUGUUUGGCCCUGAGUUUGACCGCCACCCUCCCGGACCUGAAGAAGAGCUGCAUGACGCAUUGACUUCCACUGCCAACAUUGCACCUGCUCAUGUGAAAGCUCACGACAAAGCCAAGAAGGGCAAGAUCGCUGCCAAGGCGACUGGUCUGCAGUACCAAUACCAAAUCAUGGAGUCUAUGGGCAUACAGCGCUCAGAGAUCAAGAAGUUCGCGGAUCCGUAUUACUGGCUUCAGUACUUCCCGCCAAUCUGUAUGGCGGAUAACAACGCAUUUGGAUCACGGAUAGACUGGCGAAGGUCCUUCAUUACGACUGAUCGGAACCCUUACUAUGAUACAUUCGUCCGCUGGCAGGUGAACAAAUUGCAUGACAUGGGCAAGAUUAAGUUCGGUGAGCGCUACACGAUCUACAGUCCGAAGGACGGCCAACCGUGUAUGGACCACGACCGAUCUGAGGGUGAGGCGCUUGGACCUCAAGAGUACACUGGCAUCAAAAUGGAAGUCGUUCACUGGAGUGAGGCCGCGAAGCAGCAGGUAGUGUCCAAGGUAGGCGGUCGGAAGGUCUUCCUUGUAGCGGCUACCCUCCGACCGGAAACCAUGUAUGGUCAAACAAAUUGCUUCGUUGGCACUUCGAUUAAAUAUGGCGUCUUCGCGAUUAACGAUCAGGAGGCAUUUGUCUGCACAUACCGCGCCGCACGUAACAUGGCUUUCCAGGGUACCAUGGCCGUGCGCGGCCAGAUCCAACAACUGGUGGACAUUCCGGGAGCCGACCUCGUCGGCACCAAAGUGAAGGCGCCGUUCGCGCUCAAUCCUGAAGUAUACGUACUGCCAAUGGAAAAUGUCCUUGCGACCAAGGGUACCGGUGUAGUCACGUCUGUCCCGUCUGACUCACCUGACGACUAUGCGACGUUAAUGGAUCUGCGGAGGAAACCCGAGUUCUACGGUAUUGAGGCAUCGUGGGCAGCAAUUGACCCUGUACCUGUGAUCUCUUCCCCUACGUACGGUGACAUGAUCGCGCCCGCUCUCGUUAAGAAGCUCAAGAUCAACUCUCAAAAGGACACGAAACAGCUACUGGAAGCUAAGGAGGCCGCAUACAAGGAAGGCUUCUACAGUGGUACCAUGCUCAUCGGAGAUUUCAAAGGCGUGUCCGUGCAGCUCGCGAAGGCCAAGGUCCGCGAUAGCAUGAUAGCACAGGGUCUCGCAUUUGCAUAUGCAGAACCCGAAGGAUUGGUAAUCUCGCGCAGCUCUGACGAGUGCGUGGUUGCUCUGAUGGACCAGUGGUAUCUGGACUAUGGUGAGCCCUCUUGGAGGGCACAGGCAGAAAAACUAGUGGCUAGGAUGGAAACUUACAACUCUGAGACCCGUAACGGAUUCGAAGGAGUCUUGGCCUGGCUGAACAAGUGGGCUUGCGCAAGAACGUACGGAUUGGGUUCUAAGCUCCCUUGGGAUCCUCAAUUUUUGGUGGAGAGUUUGAGUGACUCGACGAUCUACAUGGCGUACUACACUGUAGCACACUUCCUGCACAGUGAUAUCUACGGUCGCAACCCCGGAUUGCUGGACGUCAAGCCAGAGCAGUUGACGGACGACGUAUGGGACUACGUCUUCCGCAAUGGCCCAUGGCCCAAGUCUGCCAGUGUCUCUAAGAAGGAUAUCGAUAUCAUGAAGCACGAGUACGAGUACUUCUAUCCCUUCGAUGUCCGGUCGUCCGGCAAGGACCUGAUCCCCAACCACUUGACAUUCUGUAUCUACGUCCACGCUGCACUUUUUCCCGAGGACAAGUGGCCGCUCAGCAUGCGCACGAACGGCCAUUUGAUGGUCAAUGGGCAAAAGAUGUCAAAGAGCAAGGGUAACUCAAUGACCAUGCGCCAGUGCAUCAAGAAAUUUGGAACUGAUGCUACUCGCCUUUGCUUGGCUGAUGCUGGCGACGGCAUUGAGGACGCGAAUUUUGACGAGAAGACUGCUAAUGCGAACAUCCUUCGUCUGCACACCCUGAUCAGCUGGUGUGAGGAGAUGACCCAGGGCGAGUCGAAAUUGCGUGAGGGUCCACGCAACUACCACGAUAUCAUCUUCGAGGAGGAAGUAAACGCUCUGAUCAACACCACCAAGGAGUACUAUGAAGCUACGGAGUACAAGGAUGCUAUGAAGUACGGCUUCUAUGAGCUCCAGACCACCCGCGACUGGUAUCGUGAAGUGACAUCAGACGUCGGCAUGCACCGCGAUCUUGUACAUUGGUGGAUACGCGUCGCCGUGCUCCUGAUCACACCCAUCGCGCCACACUUCGCCGAGCACAUCUGGCUGACCGUCCUCAAAGAGCCGAAGUCGGUGCAUCUCGCGCGAUGGCCGGAGGUGACACAUCCUGUUGACCGGUCAAUCAUCGACUCCGGUCUGUAUAUGCGCGGCACGAUCAAGACGAUGCGUGAUGCGGAGUUGUCGCUGCUCAAGAAGAUGAACAAGGGCAAACAGGGGCAGGCGCCGUACGAUCCCACGAAACCUCGCGCGGUGCGCAUCUACGUCGCCACGAAGUUCCCCGAGUGGCAGGACCAGUGUGUGCAGAUCGUGAAAGACUCUUAUUCGGAGGAGCACGAUAAGGUCGACGAUGCGAAAGUGCGGGAGCUCUUGACGCAGAAAGGCCUCAUCAAGGACAAGCGCACCAUGCCAUUCGUACAGGCGUUUAAAAAACGCAUCACGCAAUUCGGCGCGCACACAGCGUUCAACCGGACACUCCCCUUCUCGGAGGUGACGGUGCUGAAUGAGAUCUUGCCCUAUCUGAAGAAGACGCUGAACUUGGUCGACGCCGAGGUCCUGCUUGUUGAUAAAGCCAAGGCUCAGAUGAUUUCGGACUUCAGCAGAAUGAUCAUUGAGAGUGCCGAGCCUGGUGUUCCCGCGUUUGAGUAUCGUAAUGUCUGA